AUGUCGAUGAAACUGUUGCAGGAAGCUAUCAAGCUUGUGGAUGCAGAUGACAGAGUAAAAAAUACGGAAACCGUACGAAAACCAGUAAGAGUUUCAAAGGCAGAAAGAGAUCAUCAGAAGCUUGCCGCUGUACUCACCACUUCAGAAUACGAUCCAGAAUUAGAUGAUUUCAUCGUAAAUUCGAGUGUGCAGAAGCAAAAUUUAAUAAACCCUAAAAGGAAGAAAAUUACUAAGAACAUUUCAUUAUUAGAAGAAAGUCGCUUAAUAAACAAGACAGACCUGUUGAAACGUAACAUUAAAUAUAUGGUUUACGAAACGAAUUGUAAGUUGGAUCCUGAUAAAACCAAGCAAUUGAUAGGUUUUAUGGAUGAACAUAAUCGUCGUCGAAAAAAGAUCCUUCAUGCGUUGCGUAAACGAAAUAAUGGAGUACGAGAUUAUCGGUGGAACUUCAAGAAAUCCAACAAUAAAUCGAUAUUUACGGAUGAAGAUUUCAUGAAAGUCGGACCUGACAGGAUAAAAUUACUACGAAAAAAAAAUACGGGAAAACGAGAAAAAAACAUCAAAAAAUCCAAUCGCUCGGGCAAUUAA